CCUCGGAAGGCGGGAUGUUUCUUUGCCCUGCUGUGGUCGGUGACGUCGUCUUUGGCGCCAUUCUGCGUUUGUUUUAAUUUCAGGGAAACCCAAACCCGAGAAAAUGGUCGGUGGCGAUGUCACAGGAGAAAUUGAGAAACUCUAUGCAGCCGUUCCACAAAUCCGAAGUAUCUUCUAUGUUAUGGGGAAAAUCGGAGAGGGUACAUUUAGUUCAGUUUAUUUGGCUGUUGCAAGGCUAAAAUCCGGAGAAGAUAGGAAGUUUGCUUUAAAACAUUUGAUACCUACAAGUCACCCAACCCGAAUAGCGGCAGAGCUACAAUGUCUUACGGUGGCUGGGGGUGAAGACAAUGUUAUGGGAGUAAAAUACUGCUUUAGGAAGAAUGACCAUGUAGUUAUUGUGAUGCCUUAUUUGGAACAUGAAUGUUUUGUGGAUAUUUUGCAUUCUUUAAGCUUUCAAGAAGCGAAGGAAUACAUGUUUAACUUGUUUAAAGCUCUGAAACGCAUCCACCGUUUUGGUAUCGUUCACCGAGAUGUUAAACCAAGUAACUUUUUGUACAACAGACGACUAAAACAGUAUGCAUUGGUAGAUUUUGGAUUGGCCCAAGGAACACCGGACACCCAAAUAGAACUUCUUAAAGUCCUUCAGAUCAAAAAACAGGGGAGUUGCUCACAAAGUAAUCUUCACACAAUUUCAGGAAAUAUACCAGUACCUAGAGAAGUAGUUCUACCUUCCUCAACAAAACAGUCUGUUAAAAGACACUGGUCACAUUCACAGAUAAAUCCGGGAAACAGUGGAAAGGAAGGAUUGCUUGGCGGAUCAACGCAAAGGUCUGUGUUUGGAGAGAGGAAUUUUAAUGUCCAUAGUGCUGUCAUCCAUGAAGUCAAUUCUGAAAAAAACAUAAAGCAGUCCAAGAUAACAGAUGCAGCAUCCAGGAAGUUGGCAGCAAGAAAGCCUGUUUCUGCAAAGAACACAAGUGGCGUGGUGGCCAGGAAAGCUGCCAGUACUUGCCCAGCCAGCUUGACCUGUGACUGUUACAAAAGAGAUCAAGUCUGCAGUAUUUGUCUUGCAAGAACAAGACAAGUUGCCCCAAGAGCUGGCACACCUGGCUUCCGUGCACCAGAAGUGUUAACAAAGUGUCCUAAUCAAACUACAGCUAUCGACAUGUGGUCUACAGGCAUCAUCUUUCUCUCCUUUCUCAGCGGAAGAUAUCAUUUUUUCAAUGCUGGUGAUGAUAUGAAUGCUCUGGCUCAAAUCAUGACAAUUCGUGGAUCACGAGAGACUGUUCAAGCUGCUAAACAGUUUGGUAAAACUGUUCUUUGUAGCAAAGAACUUCCUGCAAAAGAUUUAAGGGCUUUAUGUGAAGGACUGAGACAGGUGUGCAUAGCCACUACAUGCGGGGCUGAAUCCGAUGUCCAAAAACAGAGAGCUGCGUUACAAAUGAGAAUGAUAGAAAAUCAAGAUGGAUGGUUUGUAGAAGAGACUUGUGCAACGCCACCCGCCAAUGCCAGUAAGGGAUUUCUCUACGCUUCUUCUGACGGCAUGGAGUCUGGACCUCUUCAUAUGAAUGGCUGGGACAGCGUGCCAGAUGAGGCUUACCACCUACUAGAUAGACUGCUGGAUAUGAAUCCUGCUACACGGAUCACAGCAGAAGAGACUUUGUCACAUCCACUCUUUAAAGACCUCUUCUGAUUGGUCUCUGCUUUCUAUGUAUAUUUUAGUAUAUUUAUGAUUUGUGUUUUAUAAUAAAUUAUUAUAAUAAACAUUG